AGUUAAGCAAUCUAUGGAAGACUGCAAAUGCAACACUUUCAUAAUUUCGUGCUUUGUGCCUUUUAUUAUAAUAGUAAAAAUUUGGCAAUAUUUUUCGGUAUAAAUUGCUUCUAAUUAGUUGUCCCUUUAUGGCAAAAAAAUAGCAUUAAUUUGUGGCAUUAUGGUAAAAUCCGCCCUUACAAUUGCCUCGCCUGACGCCUUGCUCUAGUUGUUCGAAAGGUUCAACAUAGCAAUCUGCCUUAUAUUAUACAUGGACGGAAUCCUGUCGUAUUGAAGACAUUGCGGCUUACACGAGCUAACAAGGCAACGACAGCCUUGAAAGAAAGCACUUCCGUUUGUGAUAACCAGACAGGGUUUAUUGGGCUAUCUAAAAGCCUCGUGCAUAGCUAUUGUAUUUUCGAUUGUUUCCAUGUUAAACUUGACAUUUGAUAAUCUUGACCAGCUACGCCAUGGCUGACUGAAUAGACCCGUUAAUUGUUUAACAGCUAAUAGAUGGUUACUUGACUAGCGAACCAUAGUGGUCUUAAAGAAUUGGUACCAAUGUGUUUCGAAAAGUACGAGUCGUCAACAAAGAUGUAUCGGAUAUGCGAUCAUUUCAGCAACGAACACAACAUCUACAAAUAUCGUAAAAAAAUAAUCAACGCAAAACUACUCAGUCAAUGGCGUACGUUUGUUCUCGCUGUCCGAUCAUCAAAAGCAGGGGAAGCACAACUGAAGCAGACUCUCUGGAACAAACUGAUCGGGUUAAUGACGCACGCUGAUGGGUGUAUAGCAGAAAAAAAGGGUGACCCGAACAAUUAAAUGAGUUGGCUGGUGAAACAACUGGUACUGCAGCAGGUUAAUGAGGUAUAACUGGGUAACACGUAAGUUGA